AAUAUUCCGCGACUAAAUUGUUUUAAUGACAUCAUAAAAUAUCCAACAAAACUCGUAUACGACUGUUGACCAUAUUAGGAAUUGGAAAAAAACACUACCUAUUAUUAGGCUGAUUACGUCGAAUGCAUUAUCUAUACGAGUUUUACGGGAUCUACAUUUUUGCGGUUGUCACACGAGAAAUAAAAAAUUCGUAUGUAAUAAAAAUAAUAACAUAAUAAUAUUUAAAACAUUAGAUCCUACCUGUGCGCUAUAUAAUUAUCUGCUAUCACCGUAGCGCGGCAUAUCGUUAUCAAUAAAAUCGCGUUAUCAAUUAGUCGGUCGGUGGUGUUUAGCCGUUCGUAUCAGUGACCUGCUUUUUGACCUAUCUUUCAACCAAAUGUUAUUAUAGUUAUUAUUUUAAAAGCUUAGAUUUCCAUGUUUUCACCGUUGAACUUUUCUUAGUUAAAGUUCUGCGUUUCCUUUUAGGACUCACACUUCACAGUACGAUUCCACGUUAUCUAGUUAGUUUUCAAUUCCCAUUCAUUGAUCGAUUCCAGUUCACAAUAAUAAAAUAUAAACACUCAAUGCCUUACUUUCUGUCAACACUUCACUAACUACCUACCUACAGGCUACAUUACAAAAUUCUGUUACACUAUAAAUUAAUUCACAGUAAUUAUUCAUGGGAAAUCUAUUUGCAAAACCUUACCAUGAAUUCAAUAUUGAUCAAAAGUUGUCACUACAAGAUUCUAAAUUGCUGGAAAAAAAAGAAGCAAGAGUUGAUCAAGUGCACAUGCUUGGAUAUUCAAAAACAAAAGAUUUUAUUCUUGAAUCAUCAAUUAACUUAAUGUUUACAUCAAAUUCUUUCAAUAAUAUAAUAAAAAAUGCUGAAACUGUUCGUAAAAAUUUAAUGAGCUUAAAUUGUUUUGAAAAUAUUAGUGUUCAUAUAGAUGUAAGUAGUGGAUCAAAUUCAACUCCAAAUGGAUAUAAGGUUACUUUCAAUGUGCAAGAACUUAAAUUAGCAUCUAGUAUACUUCAUUCAAUUGCAAGAGAUAAUGAAGGAUUUGUUAAAUUAGGUUUUAAGCUGAACAAUAUGACUGGUCACGCCAAUCAUUUUAAAAUAGAAUCAUCACUCGGAAAUAAUGGUACUCAAAAGUAUGAUGCUUGUAUAUCCAAACAUAUUCCUGGAAGUAUAUCCUCAUGCACUUCCGGACAUAUAUUUAAAAAGAAAUCAUACUGGAAUACUGUACAUGGUGUUUUCAACGAGUGGGGAACUCUAUUUGACUUAUUAUUUCUUGCAUCUUAUAAAGGUCAUUUUAGUCAAAAUUUACAGUAUGAAGGUGUAAUACGUGAUAUAAAUAUGUUAUCAAAAAAUAGUCCAUUUAAACUAAGAGAGGAAUCAGGUCUCUCAGUUAAAUCUUCUAUUAAACAUAUAACUACAAUUGAUACAAGAGAUUCCAAGGUUUUAGCUAAUGAAGGUGCAUUCUUCCAAAUGGUUAUGGAAGUAGCUGGUUUUGGUGGUGAUGUUAAAUUUUUGAGGAAUUAUUUUACUAGUCAGUUUUAUUCAAAAAUCAGCAAAGACGUUGUAUUUCAAGGAUCAUUUGGUGGAGGAUUUCUUACUGAUUUAGGAACAUUUAAAAAAGUUAAUAUGAUGGAUAGAUUUUUCCUUGGUGGCCCUAUGACAUUACGAGGUUUCCAGUCCCGAGGAAUUGGUAACUUAAGUGAUAAUGUUGUUGCUGGUGUUACGAGUUAUUGGGUUUCUGCUGUUCAUAUUUAUGUAAAACCACUUUUUGGCAUGGAAAGUAACCGAAUAAAUGAAGCAAUUAGGUUACACUUAUUUUGUAAUGCUGGGAAUAUAUCUUUCUUUGGCAAAGAUACUAAAUCCAGUUUUACAAAAACAUUUAAAGACUUUAGGUUAUCAGCUGGAGUUGGAAUAGUUGCCCGAGUUGGUAAUUCAAUAAGAUUUGAGUUCAAUUUAUGUUCACCAAUUCAGUAUUCACCUGGCGAUAGAAUUGUUGAUGGUUUUCAAUUUGGAGUUGGAGCAAACUUUAUUUAAAAUAAUAAGAUCAAAAUCUCUCUUUGUGCUAGUUACCUUUAUAAUAAUCAAGUAUUAAUCAAUUGUAUUGAUUUAAUAUAAAACAAUAAUUUAUUUAUUUAAAUCAGAGACAUCAGUAUUAUUUUAUUAUAUCUAAUUUAUUGUUUUAUUUAUAUUUUUUAUUUUUGCUUUUGUUUACUGUUCAAUUUAAUCAAUAUAAAUGUUUGAACAGGAAUAGGUUCUAAAAUGUAAGUAAAUUGUACUUAUUUAGAUUAUGACUGAUUGAAUAUAAAUAGUAAAUUAAUUUUUAA